GUCUGUGCACUGAGAGCCCUUCCGUCUUUAUGGAACAUGUCAUGCUCAGUGUUGUCUUCAGUUCUGUACAGCAGCCCACAGGGAGACAUGUCACCUGUACCUUUAGAUGGAGACCCCCCAGAGGCAGAGACUUCUGAAGCCAUGCUGUGUUUGGUGGCCGAGGCAGAAUUCUAAUUCAGGUCGCCUCCUCCCUGGUGCCCCUUCCCUACCCUAGGCUGGCAGCCAGCAGGGCCCUGGGCCUGUCUCCAGCCAGGGUAAUGGACACUGGAGUCAGAAUAGGGUUGGGGCCAGGGUUUCUCUGUGUUCCAGGCCCACAAUGGAAAGUGCUAGCCUGUGCAGUACUGGGGCAGAGCCGGCGCUGGACCCUGUCCAGGCUUGCUGAGCCAGCUUCCUCUUUGUGCUGCACACUAUAGACCCUGGUGUCUGCCAGGUUAUAAAAUGGGGGGUCGGCCCCGAGGCACCCACAGGCCCGCCUGUUCUCCAACACAGCAUCAGGAACCAUGUCUCAGGCUGCUAAGGCUGCGGCCACCACGGCGGUGAACCCGGGGGCUGAUGGCAAGGGGAAGGGAGGCCCAACCACAGGGCCAGUCCCAGCCCCUGGCCCCACCCCAGUCCCGGCUUCUGUGCCCAGGCCCAGUGCCAAAGUAGGGGACCUGCCUCCUGGGAGCUACAGGCUAGUUGUCUUCGAGCAGGAAAACUUCCAGGGCCGUCGGGUUGAAUUCUCAGGGGAGUGCCUGAACCUGGGCGACCGUGGCUUUGACCGAGUGCGCAGCCUGAUCGUCAUCUCAGGACCCUGGGUGGCCUUUGAGCAAUCUGCCUUCCGUGGGGAGAUGUUCGUCCUGGAGAAAGGCGAGUACCCACGCUGGGACACCUGGACCAGCAGUUACCGCAGUGACCGGCUCAUGUCCUUCCGGCCCAUCAGGAUGGAUUCCCAGGAGCAUAAGAUCUGCCUGUUUGAAGGUGCCAACUUCAAGGGCAACACCAUGGAGAUCCAAGAGGAUGAUGUGCCCAGCCUCUGGGUAUAUGGCUUCUGUGACCGUGUGGGCAGCGUGACCGUCUCUGGUGGCACAUGGGUUGGUUACCAGUACCCGGGCUACCGUGGCUACCAGUAUCUGUUGGAGCCCGGCGAUUUCCGACACUGGAAUGAGUGGGGUGCCUUCCAGCCGCAGAUGCAGGCUGUCCGUCGCCUGAGGGACCGCCAGUGGCAUCGAGAGGGCUGCUUCCAGGUGCUGACCGCUGAGCCCCCCAAGUGAGCCAAGCUGCAUCCCUCCCUCCCUGCUGCAGUCCUCACUGCCUCAAUGUCCCAUCUCCCCCUGCUAAUAAAAGUUCCUACAGCCGAAA